CCUAGCGGUUCGACAGCCAUCCCGUCACGUGACUGACCACCAUGGUACCGCCGCGAGCGAAGCCACCGGCUCCUCCAGCUACGUACCGCAUUCGCCUGCAGCCUGUGCCCCCAAGGGAAGGCCGUCGCAUGGGCCUUGAGAUACUGGCGCUGGUGAAUGCAUCUGCUCGAGGCUGCGUGGCAGGCCAGGAGCCGCUGGUCCUGAUCAAGGGAGCGGCACCCACGGACCCCAUGAGAAACCCGACCAAACAAUGCUCACCCAUGGAAUAUUCAGACGCAGAGCAAGUUGUACUGUACUAAAGAGAAGGACGCCUUGCACCACGGAAUGUUUCUGUCUCUCUGUCUGUCUGUCUGUCUGUUCAAUCGCCAUGGCGAUGCAGAUUCGAUAGAAGACGGCGGUGCAGCCGAAAAUACAGCUGCCCAUCGCCUUGUCGAGAAGACGCGUGGCAGACACACAGACGCAUCCGAGUUCGUUUGGGCACUUUUUUCUGACUUUUUUCACAGGCAGCCGCGUUUUGCAUUCCGACGCCCCUUCUUCUGCUCAAGGUCCUGUGUUUUCCUGGGCUUCAUUUCCCUGCUUCACGGUAAGGUUUCAGCAGAAAGCUCAUGAGAACCAGACAGCCCACGUGUCUGCGAGCGCCGCGAGGGUGAUGCGGGAGAACCUCUUGGCCCUCAUCGAAGGCAACAUCUCACGGCUUUCGACAGUGGCAGAGACCGAGCAGCUUUCGCAGAUGCUGGGGAGGGAGGGAGCCCGGGUGCAGCGACUGAACGACAGGGUGCAGGUGCGUGAGUGGGUGGGAGGUUGGUUGUGCAGACGGAUGCGUAUGUGUUUGUGCAUUCCUGUCCUCAGAAUUGGGUUGAUACGCUCGAGAGGGGCGUCGAUAGGGAACCGACGGGUGGGUCCAAUGCACGUGCGUGCCUCCCACACCAACACUCACUUGCUUUGUUUGUUCGUUUGCUUCGUUUGUGCACAGGCGGCGAGGGGCAGGGCGAGGGCGGCACACACCCACCAGCACCGCCCAGACCAGCUGAGAAGGGUGAGCAUCGCGCGGCCGCCGAGGUGGGGACUGAGGGUGAGGGCGACCGAGGUGGAGGCGGGGGGGGAGGGAUGGCGAGGGUGGGAAGAUAGCACCAGAGGAGAACACAGCAAGCCUGCAGGUGAGAGGAGGGGGGGAGGGAGGUAGAGGGGUGUCCAUUUGUGCGUGUGAUGUGAUGUGUUGUGUUGUGUUGUGGUGUGGUGUGGUGUUGUCAGGGUACGUCAGGUGAGGGGCGGGACACAGGGACCGAGCAGCCAGGGGCUGCACCGUCGCCACCGGCAGCAGUGGCAGAGGUGAGAGGAACCACACGACUACUGGUACAUAUCGAUGGUGUUGGGUGCGUGUUGUGUUGUGUUGUGUUGUGUUGCCUGCCCUCUUCAUCAGGUGACUCAGAGUGGCACUGGCGAGGAGCGACGGCCCCCCACCACACGGGGGAGACGAGGAGACCGCGUGUCCACAUCGCUGGAUCGCUUCCGAGCAGCGAGAGACGGCUUUGGCGAAGCUCGUGUCCGUCAUCGGCGAGUAUCCGGACCACAUACAUCCAUACGGCAGGCAAAGGGUCAAGGUGCGAACUGGGGAGGGACGGAGCGAGGGAUUGAUGUCAGGAAUGUCUGGUGAUUGUGUGUGUGUAUGUGGCUGCAGGAAGCGUUGGGUGCGGAGGGCAUCCACAUCCGCCCUGGAACGCCGUCUGACCACCCGUCCAACCAGCCGUCGUUGGACAAUCGCUGCGUACAUUUUGUAUUUGGACGACUCGUACAUCCGUGCUUCCUUCUCUUGGGUGACCUUCUCUUGGCGCGGCCCUAAGUGGACUGCACUGCCACGCCCUCCAACGGCCUAAGUGGACUACGAGGUGCUCACAUGAGUGAGAAGAUAUCACUUCUGAAGAUACGCUUGGUUGCUUAUCGUAUUUGAGCCGGCGCGUGACGUCACGAGUCCGCUGCCGUUGAUAUGUACCGCACGAGGGCAGGCCGUGGUACGACAGCCGAUGUGGCAUGUACGCCAUUCAAUCCCUGCUGCCGCCGUGAGAGGACGGCAGUCCAGCGCUGCCCCACGGGUGGGCCCGCUGAAGAGAGGGUACUACGAGGACAUGCACAACCUGGAAAUGCAUGAGUGGAUCAAUCGCCACUCUCGGACGUCGCGGGCAAUGUUGUUUGCCGAGGUGAGUGAUCUGGGGAGAAUGAAGCGCAGCACAUCGCACCUAUACACCCACCCACCCAUUCACCUGUGACCAUCCAUCUGUGUCUCGUGGUGUUGUGUAUCUGCGUAUGUACAGGUGCGUGGCGAGGACGUCGCACAGCGGCUGCAGACGCUCAACGGGUUGGGGCCGCGGGUGAGGGGCAUCAUCUUUCAGGAGAUGCCACGCCUCCUCCCCGACGGCCACUCGAGGUACGUACACAGAGAGGGAGGGAGGGAGCGAAACGAACGAAGAGAGCUACAAGACAGAAAGAACGUCAAAGACUCAUGUUCGUUCACUGCUCUCUCCUCCUCGCUCCUUAAUUGCCUUGUAUCCUGCAUGCAGCGUGGUUUCUGGGCUGACCUGGACUCGAUCCGCACCCGCCCGGACGACCGCCUCGUGACCGCCGCAGAGCUCGCCGCCCGCAUCACACAAGUGGGGGAGGCCUCUCAGCAUGACCUGGACCACUACCUGUCGGUAGGCAACUAGGACAAGACAGACAGACAGACAGAUUCUAUGCACACACACACACACACACACAUCUAUGCACACAUACUUAAUCUGUGUAUGUGUUCUCCUCCUGUGGGUGUUGCCUGCCACUCAGGGGGCUAUUGUGAUAUUCGAGGCCGAGUCUCAGGAGGCGGUGCGGGCGAUGGCAGGCGCCAAGCGUGAGGCGCAGCGGGUCAACGAGCCGGAUGACCCCAUGGUGAUCGAAGACAACGACGAUGCCCCUCCCGGAUUCCCCAGCAGCCCCCUCACCUCUCUAACCACCCCGGUGACGAGCGGCGCAAAAGACGCGCCAGAGCCAAGGCCAAGGCCAAGGCGGCAUGUGCUGCAGCAGCAGCAGCCGGAGGGGGUGGCAUGGGUGGCGUGGGGUUGGGUGCCAGCGAGGGCAAGCGCAAGAGACGGUCAGGGAGACAAGGAAGGCAAGAAGUCUCGGCUCAAUCGCGAGAUGGAGGGCACGGCCGGCUUCCAAAGGGGCCCGACCGUGAACAAGUGGCGCAAGCUUCCCAGCUACAUGUACUUCGUGAGCAAGUACAAAAACAAGCAGUUCUACUGCGAAAACAACCCGAACCCCAGCUACAAUAGCUGCGACGUUGAAGAGGAGGGGGAUGAAGAUGAGAUCCCGAUCCACGGUACAGGCCGGAAGCACUACUUCAAUCACGCUAAUUCCUGUCUUGGUGUGCGUGCAGUCGCCCCCAUGCCGAAGGCGGAGACCAAAGUCAAGAAGCCCAUCACCAAGAAGCCUAAGAGCAAGCGGAAGAAACGUCAGCUUCGGCUCACUGAUCACAUCGAAGCAUCAUCAUGUGCGGUGCCGAUCGUUUUGUCUGUGUGUUGGUGGCAGGUCACUGAGCCGUCGAUUUCGUCCGCCUCGCUGGUGCUGGCGAUAGAUGUGCCCUGCUACAUCAACGUACGUCGUACGCACACAUACGUGGGGAUCACGACGACCACACACGCAUUUGUGUUUGGUCGGCUGGUUGGUUGGUUCAGGACAUCGUGCUGGCCAUCUUGGAGCUGCUGAAGUACCACGCUCGCGUCAUGUAUGUGGACAUGGAUAUUCAUCACGGGGAUGGUGUUGAGGAGGCAUUCUUGACGACACCAAGGUGACCAUACAGACUCACCGAUACAAAGACAUGGUGAGACACAUGUAUGCGGUUCCUCUCUCUUUCUAGGGUAAUGACUGUGUCUUUCCACAAGUAUGACGGCGAGUUUUUCCCGGGCACAGGAAACCUCAACGACGUCGGAGCCCAGGAAGGUGCUCAGCCGAAGAGAUAGAUGCACACGUCUGUCUGUUGGUGCCAGUGCGAGACGGCCAUGGAGG